AUGCUCCGUGUAGGUGACCGCAUCACGAAUCACGUUCUCCAAGAACACCUUCAGGACACCACGAGUCUCCUCGUAGAUCAAGCCAGAGAUACGUUUGACACCACCACGACGAGCCAGACGGCGGAUAGCAGGCUUCGUGAUACCUUGGAUGUUGUCGCGAAGCACCUUCCUAUGUCUUUUAGCUCCUCCUUUACCCAAACCCUUUCCACCUUUACCACGACCAGACAUCUCUCA